AUGUGGCCCAUUUCGACGCCGCACUUUGUGAGGAGUAGCAUCCACAAGCUUAUUGUUCUUGUGGUUGCAGUCGAGUGUGUUUGUUUCGCGUUGCUGUCAAAGACCACGGCGCACAAUGCCGCUCCUGUAGUUCGAAUAGGCUCCGGUCUCGUGUCGGGUCUGCAAUUCGAGCUCGGAGGCGAAAUUCUGGACGCCUAUAUUGGGAUACCAUAUGCUCAGCCACCCAUCGGAGAGCUCCGAUUUAAAAAGCCUAGACCAGUCUCACCGUGGGAUGGCAUCUACAAUGCGACGACGAAGCCAACGCCUUGUCAUCAGGUGCCAGUUCCCUUACUUGGACUGACCAAGUUGAACUACACCAAGGCAUCUGAAGACUGCCUGUAUGUUAACGUGUGGAAGCCAUCGCAGCCUGGUUGUCGGGAGCAGCGAAACUGCACGAAUGAACUUCUUCCAGUUUUCGUGUAUUUUCACGGAGGUGGCUUUCAGUGGGGUGACUCGGCGCUGCUAGUCUACGAUCCGGCGAACUUCGUGGCGCUGACAGAAGUCGUCUUCGUGACGUUCAAUUACCGCCUCGGAAUCUUCGGAUUCUUAUCCCUCGAGGCGCCGGAUAUGCCGAGUAACGUGGGCCUCUGGGACCAGCACAUGGUACUCGAGUGGGUGCGUGACAACAUUGCAAGCUUCGGAGGUGAUCCCCGGCAAGUGACCAUCGGCGGACAGAGUGCGGGGGCGACGUCGGCGGCUCUGCACGCCGCGUCUCCUCGAAGCAAGGGACUUUUCAAGAGAAUAAUCACACAGAGUGGCUCCCCGCUUUCCAUGGUGCUGAACAUCUUCUUCAGGGGUGAAGGGAAAUUUAUAAACACCGCCGUUUUGCUGGGUUGCUACGACGUUAACAUGACCUUUAGCGAGCAGCGUAAACAGGUCAUCAGCUGUCUUCGCAAACUCGAUGCAAGCUUCAUAAUGCGAAAAGUCGAAAACCUCGACUUCUUGCAGCAAAUUUUUUCGCCCUUCGACAAGGACGAAUUGCUUCCCUUUUCUGUUUUGUCUCCAGAACCAUGGAAACAACUGCACGUUGAAGACGUGCUACUGGGAACCACCACUGACGAAGGAACAAUGUUUUUUAGCUUCCUCUCCGACUCAUUUCCUCAGGCUUCCGAAAUAUUGGCCACGCAGUACAGAACUGUUGUAACAGUCGUCAUAUCUCAGGCUAUGAACAUUCCUGUGUCGACGGCAAAGGAACUAGUGCUUGCUUAUUUCGGAGGACAUGAAGUCGAGCACAGCUACAACGAAGUACGCGACAUCAUCUGCGAAAUUUUCGCUGAUGCUGUUUUUAACUGCCCUACGCAGCUGUUUGCUGACAGCGCGGCUGAGCAGGGAAUACGUACGCACCGUUACUUGUUCGCUUACAAAUCGACGCACAGCUUUUUCCCAAAAUGGAUGGGUGUGGCACACACCGAAGACCUCUUUUAUACUAUGGGAUCGCUACCGUUCCUGAGAGACAAAAGCCGUUACACCGAUGUUCUUGGGUCGUUGGGAAAGAAGUACUUGGCCACCCAGGACUACACAAGCGAGGAAGAGCAGUUUAUGAAGGAUGUCGUCAGUGCUUGGGGCGCCUUUGUACGAACAGGGUGA